AUGUUGGCCAUUGGAAGUAAUCCUAAUGAUGGGCUUGAUUUAACUUUACAUAUUUUCUGUUAUCUACUUAUUGGCGGUUGGGUUUUUCUUGUCUUACUUCAUCUGCUCGGUUCCAGUUACGGACAAUGUGUCAAUGAAACAUUCAUAUUACAGUAUUCGCAACAACCGGUCAUGCUAUUCCUUCAUUUCGUUUAUCUCCUUGCUCUCACGACUACUCUUGUCCUCUCCAUACUAGUCAUAAUUUUAGUUUGGUUAUUUCACUUGGGUGGCAUGAGUUAUGGUUAUUACAAAUUUCAUCGAAAAACAUUAUCAAUUAACAGCAAAGAAUUACCGGGAAUCUCAAUUAUUAAACCAUUGACAUGUGUUGAUACCAAUCUCUCCGAGAAUUUAAAGACAUUUUUCAAUUUAAAAUACCCUCGUUAUGAAAUUCUCUUUUGCGUCCAAGAGCACAAUAGUGAAUUAAUCGAUAUCAUUGAACGAUUGCGUAUACAGUAUCCACAUGUUGAUUCACAAUUGUUUGUUGGAAAUCCAAUGGAAGAAAAAAAUACUCAUGAAAAUCUCAAAGAUGUUCCAAACAAAAGAAAACAAAAACCUUGGUGGAAACGAAUUUUGCCGUGUGGCUCGAAAAAGGUGGGAACGACUGAAGAGACAAUCGGAUUCGAAACAGAUGAAAUCAAAAAUCCCAAAAUCUUCAAUAUGCUGCCAGCCUACGAUAAAGCCCAGUAUCCAUUGUUUUUAAUAUCAGAUAGUGGCUUACUGAUGCAUGAGGAUGCUUUGUAUGAUAUGGCUUCCUGUAUGACUGAUGAUGUUGGUCUCGUUCAUCAGAUGCCAUUUACAUGCGACAGAAAAGGUUUUGCUGGAUCAGUUGAAAAGGUUUAUUUUGGUACUCAACAUGCUCGUAUGUACAUGACAAUCAACUUGAUUGGCAUAAACUGUGUUACAGGAAUGUCUUGUUUAAUCCGUAAAGAGAUCAUUGAUCGUGCCGGCGGUUUGAAAGCUUUUGGCAACUAUAUCGCCGAAGAUUUCUAUAUCGCUGCUGAAGUAACGAAACAACAUUGGAAAAUUCGUGUUGCCCCCACUCCUGCUCAACAAAAUUCUGGUGAUUAUUCUAUAUCAAUAUGGGUCGAACGAAUGAUUCGUUGGUUUAAAUUACGUAUGCGUUUAAGUCCAUUAGCUUAUAUUGAACCUUUACAAGAAUGUUUCACGUCUGCUGCUCUCGCCGGUGUUGUAACAGAUUAUUUAUUUCAAUGGAAUGCUCUUGUUGUCGCCGCUUGUCAUAUUUUACUAUGGUUUCUGUUUGAUUAUUUUAUGCUUCGAAUAACACAAGGUGGUCCACUUCCUUUUUCGAAAUUUGAGUUUGCUAUCGCAUGGCUAGUAAGAGAACUUUCAGCCUACUACAUCUAUUUCAAAGCGUUUACUGGUUCUUCAACAAUACGAUGGCGCGGAAAAGAAUAUCAACUGGGAUCCGGUACACGAGCCGAAGAGAUUUACUCUCCGCCUUCGUCGCCUGUACCUACAAUUGUUAUUGAAGCAUCAUCCACAUCAUCUCCAUCGACCGGAACACAUCUUUUACCUCCAUCAAUUUAA